AUGGAGUCUGUAGGUCUGGUGGAGCAAAGGAGAUCGAGUAGAGUUGAAAAUAAUGUUGAGUGUGUUAUUAAGAAGAAGAGGUGCAAAAGAAAGGUGAGAAUUCAAGUAAAGAGACCUGUGAAAAUGGUUUCAAGGACACUGCAGAGGCUAUUUGAUUCAUGCCAACAAGUUUUCAGAGGCCCUGGCACUGUCCCUUCACCCGCUGAUGUGCAAAGAUUGUGCAACAUUCUUGAUGUUAUGAAACCAGAAGAUGUGGGGCUGAGUAGAGAUCUGCCGUUCUUUCAAUCUAAGAGUGUAGCAGUUGAAGAGAAUCCUAGAGUUGCAUCUGCUACCAUCUACAAAUGCCAUAAUUUUUCUCUAUGCCUUUUAUUUCUCCCUGCAACUGGUGUCAUACCUCUGCACAAUCACCCAGGGAUGACAGUUUUCAGCAAGCUUCUAUUAGGGACUGUGCACAUUAAAUCAUAUGAUUGGGCUGAUCCCCUCAAUUCUGAUAACUACGAUUCACCUUCUAAAUUGAGACGGGCAAGGAUAAAAGCAAACAGAAGCUUCACAGCACCAUGUGACACUUCUGUAUUAUAUCCAACAUCAGGAGGAAAUAUCCAUGAAUUUACUGCUACAACACCAUGUGCUGUUCUUGAUGUUCUUGGACCUCCCUAUUCCAAAGAUGAUGGCCGGGAUUGCUCGCAUUACAGAGAGACUUCAUUUGGUGAUUUGUCAAAUAGAGAAGAAUUUACGAAGGUAGAAGAUGAUGGCCAUUGUUAUGGAUGGCUUGAAGAGAUUGAAACGCCCCAAGGAUCAGAAAUGGAUGGAAUUCCGUAUAUGGGUCCCCAAAUUGAUGAAUCUCAUUCUUAG